ACUUUUUAUGGUGUCUUCCCGGAGGAAGUGCUCAAAAGGCUUGUUCGGUGCAAGUGCUCUGAUGAAAUUGCAUAACCCGGUAAAGGUUUUGCAGAAAGAGCUUCUCCAAGAACUUCCAACACUAGUCAACUCGAUGUCAGACUCUGUUCCUUUCUCUCUAAUCAGUUUGAUAUACAUGGCAGUUUCUGUUGCUACAGCAAUCACGACAACGGAUCUUGUAAGCAAGAGCGUGGCAGUUGAAUCACAUGUCGGAGGAACCACAAUUCGAGUUGGGGGUGUGGCAAAAGGCUCCGGGAUGAUCCAUCCAAGUAUGGCAACCUCCUGAGACUGUGACCAUGGCCAAGAGACAGGGUUUCAUGUACUGUUGUUGUGUUAUGAUCUCAAUUUGUAAACUUAUUUUGCUUCAUAUUAAAGUUGAUUUAUCAUACUUGAUACAAAUGCAAAUGCACACAAAAACAAAAACAAUUGUA